CAGGAGUACGCAAGCGUCAGCUACAUAUUUCGAAUUUAAAAAUAUUAAACCAUGGCAAAUAAAUCCAUCAAAGCAAGAGGUAAAAAUUUUACCAAAACAGAGCUGCUAGCAUUAGUGGAUGCAAUUGAGGCGCGGAGCAAGUUUUUGUUUGGGGCUUUGCAAGGUCCAACUUUAACACAGUACCAUCGGGACAGGGCAUGGGAGAAAGUAGUGGAGGCAGUAAACGCAGUGGCACCAGUGGUUCGCACGACGAAGGACAUAAAAAAGAAAUUUAAAGACCUUAAAACCAGGACAAAACAAAAGGCGAAUGCCUUUAAAAGAAGUACCAAAAAGACCGGUGGGGGCGAAAACGAGGAAACUCCUCUGAAUGAGAUGGAACAAAAAAUCAUCUCAUUCAUUGGAACAGAAAGUAUCGAGGGGAUCGCUGGAGGAAUUGAUACAUUCCAAAAAAGGGUUGUUAACGAACCAACUCCUCUCCUGAUCCCUCCACCAUACCUUGAAAUUUCAUUAAGCCCCACUGAAGAUAGUUUCAACAUCGAUACACCCUACUUCCUCUCCUCCCAGAGUUUCAGUUUCGCCAAUCCUGCCAGCACCCCUCACUGCACCACCUGUGAUACCUCCAACUGUCCCAAAGAAAAAAUCUAA